GGGCCAAGGACCCUCACGGAGGCAGGGCAGGGGCGGCUCUUCUUGCCACACCAGCUCAGCUCUCCCUUGGAGCAGAAUAGCCUUCAAGCUCGCCGCACCUGCCAGGUCCAGGGUGUGCCUGCAUCCAGCUGGCUGCCUCCUGGGCCAUGGAGAAUCUGGCACGGAUGAAGAAAUGGGGGAGCUCAGAAUCACAGGAAUCUCAGGACCUGCCUCAAGAGGACUCCUGUCCAGACCCCCUAGAUGGAGACCCUAACUCCAGGCCAGCUCCAACCAAGCCCCAAAGCUUCCCCACGGCCAAGAGCCGCAGCCGGCUUUUUGGCAAGGGUGACUCAGAGGACACAUCCCUCAUGGACUGCUCUUACGAGGAAGGCCAGCUGGCAUCCUGCCCAGCCAUCACCAUCAGCCCUGUAGUCAUCAUCCAGAGGCCUGGGGAUGGCCCCACCUGUGUCAGGCAUCUGUCCCAGGACUCCGCUUCCACCGAGAAACUCAAGCUCUACGAUCGCAGGAAGAUCUUUGAAGCAGUCGCUCAGAAUAACUGUGAGGAGCUGGAGAGCUUGUUGCUCUUCCUGCAGAAGAGCAAGAAGCAUCUUAUGGACAGCGAGUUCAAAGACCCGGAGACAGGGAAGACCUGUCUGCUGAAAGCCAUGCUCAACCUGCACAACGGGCAGAACGACACCAUCCCCCUGCUCCUGGAGAUCGCCCGGCAGACGGACAGCCUGAAGGAGCUCGUCAACGCCAGCUACACGGACAGCUACUACAAGGGCCAGACGGCGCUGCACAUAGCCAUUGAGAGGCGGAACAUGGCGCUGGUGACCCUCCUGGUGGAGAACGGGGCCGAUGUCCAGGCUGCGGCCAACGGGGACUUCUUUAAGAAAACCAAAGGGCGGCCUGGCUUCUAUUUUGGUGAGCUGCCCCUCUCCCUGGCCGCGUGCACCAACCAGCUGGGCAUCGUGAAGUUCCUGCUGCAGAACUCCUGGCAGCCAGCCGACAUCAGCGCCAGGGACUCAGUGGGCAACACAGUUCUGCACGCGCUGGUGGAGGUGGCCGACAACACGGCUGACAACACCAAGUUCGUGACGAGCAUGUACAAUGAGAUUCUGAUCCUGGGGGCCAAGAUUCACCCUACGCUGAAGCUGGAGGAGCUCACCAACAAGAAGGGGCUGACGCCGCUGGCUCUGGCCGCCAAGAGUGGGAAGAUCGGGGUCUUGGCUUAUAUUCUCCAGAGGGAGAUCCAGGAGCCUGAGUGCAGGCACCUGUCCAGGAAGUUCACCGAGUGGGCUUAUGGGCCUGUGCACUCCUCACUCUAUGACCUGUCCUGUAUCGACACCUGUGAGAAGAACUCGGUGCUGGAGGUGAUUGCCUACAGUAGCAGCGAGACCCCUAAUCGCCAUGACAUGCUCCUGGUGGAGCCGCUGAACCGCCUCCUGCAGGACAAGUGGGACAGAUUCGUCAAGCGCAUCUUCUAUUUCAACUUCUUCGUCUACUGCUUGUAUAUGAUCAUCUUUACCACGGUCGCCUACUACAGACCUGUGGGAGGCCGGCCUCCCUUUAAGCCGAAACACACUGUAGCGGACUAUUUCCGAGUCACCGGAGAGAUUAUUUCUGUGGCAGGUGGUAUCUACUUUUUUUUCCGAGGGAUUCAGUAUUUCCUGCAAAGGCGGCCGUCACUGAAGACCUUGUUUGUGGACAGCUAUAGUGAGAUGCUUUUCUUCAUGCAGUCGCUGUUCAUGCUGGCGACCGUGGUGUUGUACUUCUGCCGCUGCAAGGAGUACGUGGCCUCCAUGGUGUUCUCCCUGGCCAUGGGCUGGACCAACAUGCUCUACUACACCCGCGGCUUCCAGCAGAUGGGCAUCUACGCCGUCAUGAUCGAGAAGAUGAUCCUCAGAGACCUGUGUCGCUUCAUGUUUGUUUACGUCGUGUUCCUGUUCGGGUUUUCCACAGCGGUGGUGACACUGAUUGAGGAUGGAAAGAAUGACUCUGUGCCGGCUGAGUCGUCACCACACAGGUGGCGAGGGCCUGGCUGCCGGUCGGCCCACAGCUCCUACAACAGCCUGUACUCCACGUGUCUGGAGCUCUUCAAGUUCACCAUCGGCAUGGGGGACCUGGAGUUCACCGAGAACUAUGACUUCAAGGCUGUCUUCAUCAUCCUGUUGCUGGCCUACGUGAUUCUCACGUACAUCCUCCUGCUCAACAUGCUGAUUGCCCUCAUGGGCGAGACGGUCAACAAGAUCGCUCAAGAGAGCAAGAACAUCUGGAAGCUGCAGAGAGCCAUCACCAUCCUAGACACGGAGAAGAGCUUCCUCAAGUGUAUGCGGAAGGCCUUUCGCUCAGGCAAGCUGCUGCAGGUGGGGUACACACCUGAUGGCAAGGAUGACUACAGAUGGUGUUUCAGGGUGGACGAGGUGAACUGGACCACCUGGAACACCAACGUGGGCAUCAUCAACGAAGACCCAGGCAACUGCGAGGGCAUCAAACGCACCCUGAGCUUCUCCCUGCGGUCAAGCCGAGCCUCGGGGGUCAGCCACCUGCACACUCGGUCACAGGCGCUCACGCAUGCCUGCACAGCCCACAGCUCCACGGCCCCAUACCUGCUGGCUCUGCCAGGGUCCCUGGUCAUCACUGGCCCAGGGGAGGCUGUCAGCCCACAUCCAGCCUCCU